GGACAAGAUAAAACUCUGUAAAGAAGGAGCACACGCCGACCGUGCCGAUCGAUCGAUCGAUCGCCCGCUCGCCAUGGCCGUCGACGCGCACCACCUACUCCACACAGGAGGAGGAGCGGGAGGGCAGAGGCAACUGCUGGCCCACGCGGGAUGGGCCUGGGCGGGCGACGCCGCGUGCUACGAGGCGCCGGCGAGCGCGGCGCGGCAGCAGGGACAGCGGAGUCCUUGUUACGGCGGCAAGGAGGUCGUCGCGGCGGGGAGACCGACGGCGACGACGGGCCAGCAGGUGUUCCAGCAGUCGUGCGUGGCCAAUCCGGCGCCGGCGGCGGGGCAGUACGCGGCCGGCCCGCGGAUGUGCGCCGCGGACGCGUCGGAGAGCGGCGUCACGUUCGGAGGAGGCGGCGCGCAACAGGAGGUGAUGAUGGCGCCCAGGAAACGGAAGCGCCCCGACCAGAUACAGACGCCGGUGCUUGGUCUUGGCGCGGCGGACGUGGCGGCGCACUUCCAGCAGCAGCUGGCCGACGUCGACCGCCUUGUGCUGCAACACACCACGAAGAUGUGGGUGGAGAUAGGUGAGCAGCGUUGCCGGCACGCUAGGCAGGUGGUGGCCGCUGUUGAGGCCGCGGCGGCCAAGCGCCUGCGCGCCAAGGACGAAGAGAUUCAGCGCAUUGGGCGUCUCAAUUGGGCGCUGGAGGAGCGGGUUAGAAGUCUCUGCGUAGAGGCGCAGGUGUGGCGCGACCUGGCACAGUCCAACGAGGCCAUGGUUAACGCGCUCCGCGGCGAGCUGCAGCAAGCGCACGACGCCCAGCAGGCACGCCGGGGCGUGGGCACCGACGACGCCGAGUCGUGCUGCUGCGGGGAGAACGGUGUUGCCGGCGGUAUCGGAGCCGACGAUAACGAGGAGGAAGAGGCCGGGACGUCGUCGGCAAGCCACAAGAGGAUGUGCACGAUGUGCGGCAAGGGCGCGGCCGAGGUGCUGCUCUUGCCUUGUCGGCACCUGUGCGCGUGCGCGCCGUGCGCGGCCGCGGCGGUGGCGUGCCCGGCGUGCGGGUGCGCCAAGAAUGGCAGCGUCUGCGUCAACUUUUCGUGAUGCUGCAAAUAGUAUUAGAGUAGGUUCUGCUCUCCUCCGUGUUUCUUUUUUGUGUUUUUGUUGAUGGGAUGAUAUAGGCGCGACGGUUUUGUGAUGUGGAUAUGAGAUAGAUGCAGCUUCUGUAGCUUUUUUUUGUCCUGAAGCCGUUGGAUCUAUCGAUCAACAAGAAAAAAAAAAGGACACGAAAAUUAGAAACCUUGCAUAUCCUUUUGCUUCAGUUGUUUUUCUGAUUUUCAUACAUAUUUGUUCUCUCCAGAUUUA